CGCCCUGUGUCACAGGGCACCACACAGUAGUCCCUGAUAGGGAACAGGCCUUUGGUACAUCUCCCCUCCACCCCCCACCCAGGGUUACAGGGUAUCAACCGAUGCUUAUCAUGUCGCAAGACACUAAUCUCACUCCUUUUGAACAGCACACAACGCUUACAAUGCUGCCACCCGCACUAUCCACAUUGAGUGGUUUCACUACUACGACACCGCAGCGCCGGCAAGCAUUAAAGGCAAGCCGAGCACACCUACGAAG